UUACAGCUGAGUGAUGGUGACAUGGUUCCCCUGUGAGGCCAGAUUUCAGCUCUGCACUCCCCACAGUCCUAACCCACCGAGGAGAGGUGCUGACUGUUCUGAUGCCGACUUUCCAAUUGCCUUGAUUAAAGUAGAAACAUUCUAUGGCUUGGAUGACUUACAUUUCAAAUUGGUUUGAUCAAGAUGAUUGGUAUGAAGGACUACAAAGAGCAAACAUGUCCCAGGUAAGGCAAGUGGGACUCCUAGCUGCUGGAUGUCAGCCUUGGAACAAAGAUGUUUGCGCUGCCCAUGGAGACAGGUUUGCGUACUGUGCUACCCUGGCCAUCUAUAUUUAUCAGUUGGAUCACCGUUAUAAUGAAUUCAAACUUCACGCAAUUAUGUCUGAACAUAAAAAAACAAUCACAGCUCUCUCUUGGUGUCCACAUAACCCUGAUCUGUUUGCAAGUGGCAGUACCGAUAACUUAGUGAUCAUUUGGAAUGUUGCAGAACAAAAAGCCAUUGCUAAGCUCGACAAUACAAAAGGGGUGCCUGCCUCUCUCAGCUGGUGCUGGAAUGCAGGUGAUACGGUGGCAUUUGUUUCCCACAGAGGCCCGCUGUUCAUUUGGACCAUCUCAGGACCAGAGAGUGGGGUGACUGUUCACAGGGAAGCUCACAGCUUCUUGUCUGAUAUCUGUAUAUUCAGAUGGCAUAGCCAAAAAAGGGGGAAAGUUGUAUUUGGUCAUAUUGAUGGAAGUCUAUCAAUUUUUCAACCAGGUAGUAAAAGUCAGAAACAUGUUCUGAGACCUGACUCUCUUGAAGGGACAGAUGAAGAAGAUCCAGUGACAGCCCUGGAAUGGGACCCGCUGUCUACCGAUUAUCUCCUUGUGGCUAAUUUGCACUUUGGAAUUCGCCUACUAGAUUCGGAAUCCCUUCAUUGCAUCACAGCAUUUAAUUUUCCCAGUGCAGCGGCUUCUGUCCAGUGCUUGGCCUGGGUUCCCAGUGCGCCCGGGAUGUUUGUCACUGGAGAUUCUCAAGUGGGUGUUUUGCGUAUUUGGAAUGUUUCACGAACAACACCUAUAGAUAAUUUUAAACUAAAGAAAACAGGGUUUCACUGCUUACAUGUACUUAAUUCUCCUCCAAGAAAAAAAUUUUCAACCCAGUCUCCAACUAAAAAUCAUUAUACGUCCUCAACGAGUGAAGCAGUUCCUCCCCCAACUUUGACACAGAAUCAAGCAUUUUCUCUUCCUCCCGGUCACGUCGUGUGCUGUUUCUUGGAUGGUGGGGUUGGGCUUUAUGACCUAGGAGCCAAGAAGUGGGAUUUUCUUAGGGACUUGGGGCAUGUGGAAACAAUCUUUGACUGCAAAUUCAAACCCGACGACCCCAAUCUUUUGGCGACAGCUUCAUUUGAUGGCACCAUAAAAGUCUGGGACAUAAACACGUUGACAGCCGUGCACACGUCCCCGGGGAACGAAGGCGUUGUUUACUCCCUCUCGUGGGCUCCAGGUGACUUAAACUGCAUUGCUGGUGCAACGUCCCGAAAUGGUGCUUUUAUUUGGGAUGUGAAAAGGGGCAAAAUGGUACAGCGAUUUAAUGAGCAUGGAAAAAACGGAAUAUUCUGCGUUGCCUGGAGUCAUAAAGAUUCCAAAAGAAUAGCCACCUGCAGUGGUGACGGUUUCUGUAUUAUCCGAACGGUUGACGGUAAAGUGUUGCACAGAUACAAGCACCCCGCUGCGGUGUUCGGUUGUGACUGGAGCCAGAACAACAAAGACAUGAUAGCCACUGGCUGUGAAGAUAAAAAUGUUCGUGUCUAUUACGUAGCCACCAGCUCUGAUCAACCGCUGAAAGUCUUCAGUGGGCACACUGCCAAAGUGUUCCAUGUUAGAUGGUCUCCUCUGCGGGAGGGAAUUCUUUGCAGUGGCUCUGAUGACGGUUCUGUUCGAAUCUGGGAUUAUACUCAGGAUGCUUGCAUAAACAUUCUUAGUGGCCACACUGCACCUGUGAGGGGAUUAAUGUGGAAUACUGAGAUCCCUUACCUUCUCCUGUCUGGCAGCUGGGACUACACUAUAAAAGUAUGGGACACUCGAGAAGGAACUUGUUUGGAUACUGUUUAUGAUCACGGUGCAGAUGUAUAUGGGUUAACAUGCCAUCCCAGCCGCCCCUUCACCAUGGCAUCUUGUUCCCGUGACUCUACAGUGAGACUCUGGUCAUUAACACCUUUAAUCGCUCCUUUACCAAUAAAUAUUCUGGCAGACAGAUCUUGGGAAGAAAUUAUCGGGAACAUUGAUCAUGCUGUGGAACAAGGCACUCCCCCUCUAUUGUGUGGUAAAGUAUCAAGAGAUAUUAAACACGAAAUAGAGAAGCUAACUGGUAAUCCUCGAGCAAAGAAGCUAAGAUGGUUUUCAGAGUGUUUAUCACCUCCAGGUGGCAGUGACAACUUAUGGAACUUAGUUGCUGUGGUAAAAGGACAGGACGAUAGCUUGCUCCCUCAGAACUACUGUAAAGGAAUAAUGCAUUUGAAACAUCUGAUUAAAUUUAGAACGUCUGAAGCCCAAGAAUUAACAACAGUCAAGAUGUCUAAAUUUGGUGGUGGUAUUGGUGUGCCUACUAAAGAGGAAAGACUGAAGGAGGCUGCAGAAAUACAUUUGAGAUUAGGACAAAUUCAGAGAUACUGUGAACUUAUGGUUGAACUUGGAGAGUGGGACAAGGCCUUGUCAGUCGCACCGGGGGUGUCUGUGAAAUACUGGAAGAAGUUAAUGCAGAGGAGAGCUGAUCAGUUAAUCCAGGAAGAUAAGGAUGAUGUCAUUCCAUACUGCAUCGCCAUUGGAGAUGUGAAAAAAUUAGUGAACUUUUUUAUGUCAAGAGGUCAGCUUACAGAAGCUCUGCUUGUGGCACAGGCUGCUUGUGAGGGAAACAUGCAGACCGUACAUGUUUCCACACCUAAAGGAUCUUCAUAUCCUGAUGAUAUCUACAAGGAAGACUGUCAUGAACUCCUGCACAAAGUCAGUGAAGAACUAGCGGAAUGGUAUUUUCAGGAUGGUCGCGCAGUGUUAGCCGCAUGUUGCCAGCUAGCCGUAGAUAAUACUGAGCUUGCUAUGGCAUACCUGAUUCGUGGAAAUGAACUGGAGUUGGCCGUCAGUGUGGGCACAGUGCUCGGAGAGCCUGCUGCACCCACAACCCACUAUGCCCUGGAAUUGCUGGCGAGAAAAUGCAUGAUGAUUCCACCAUGCUUUCCAUCUGUUGGAUACAGGAAUUUGGCAGCUGAUCUUCUCCUGAUGACUCCUGACAAUGAACUACAGUUAGUUAAACUCUGUGCUUUCUACCCAGGGUGUACCGAAGAGAUCAAUGAUCUUCAUGAGAAGUGCAAGCUACCCACAGUAGAAGAAUGUAUGCAGUUAGCAGAGGCUGCCCUUGCAGAUGGUAAUAUAUUUGAAACUGUGAAGUAUUUCUUGUUAAGUCAAGAGCCUGAAAAAGCCCUUCCUAUUGGUAUUGACUUCAUCAAAGAAUGCAUCAGUAGCUCAGAAUGGACAUUGGAUACCGUUUACCCCAUUCUUGACCUAUUGAGUUAUAUCCGUACUGAAAAAUUAGUCUUGCAUACGUGUACUAAAGCUCGAAAUGAAUUGCUCGUCUUAUGUGGUUAUAUUGGUGCAUUAUUGGCCAUCAGAAGACAGUACCAAAGCAUUGUUCCAGCACUUUAUGAGUACACAAGUCAGCUGUUAAAACGUCGGGUGGUAUCAGUGCCUUUAAAAAUUGAGCACCUCUCUGAGGAAUUGGAUGCGUGGAGGGCUUGCACACGGUCCGCGAGCCGAUCACCAGAAGAAUCUCCAUAUACACCCCCUUCUGAUUCACAAAGAAUGGUUUAUGCAACUUUACUAAAGAGACUACAAGAAGAACCACUCAAAGGAAUUGUUGGGCCGGAUUAUGUGACUGGAUCAAAUCUGCCCAGUCAUUCAGAUAUUCACAUCUCUUGUCUUACGGGAUUAAAAAUCCAGGUACAGCCUAAUGGCCCUGUAUUUUUCCUUGAAGAUGGGAAAUCUACUAUCUCAUUGAAUGACGCUUUGAUGUGGGCAAAGGUGAACCCAUUCUCACCUUUAGGGACUGGAAUACGACUCAACCCGUUUUGACAGGUUUUUCUCCAUGUUUAACUGUUUUUUAAAAAAGACCUUUUGUGGGUUAAUAUUACCUUAACUUUUGUUGUGCACAACCAAAGGUUGAGGGGAGAAGGGGAGGUGGGAAUAACAGUUGACUUAAUUCAUCAACUUCAAAAAAUAAAAUAUUUAUGUAAUUUCAAGGAAAAAUAGGUGUAUUCUUUAUAAAAUAGAGUAGCCAUAUUUGAGAGAAAGAUAAUAUUUAAGUUAUAAAAGACCGAAAAAUAUAAAAGAGCAUAUUAAAGUUUCAGAAAGCAAAAAGGUACCAAAAGACUAUAUUUUUGAAACUUUGAAACAUAUAAAAUAACACAACAGAUAGAAUAGUGCUUGACAUGUAGUAAGUACUUAAGGAAUAUUGGAAUAUCAACAUGUAACUAAGGUAUGUUAUGACCGAUCUUCGAGUUAACAAACACCUAGAUUGUCCUCUGUAAAAUAUAUAGUAAACCACUAGUUUUAGUUCAUAUUUAAUAAAAAGUUUCCAGUUACGAGCUUACAGCGUGUCAAUAAAUGGAUGCACAGUCAAAAUACUUACGAGUUUUAUUUUUUAAAAAAAGAAGGCAUUACCAAAUUUUUUAACUGAAAUUAAAUGUGCAAGUAUAAAGGACUAGGUUAUGUAGGCAUAACAAAAAUUGACGCAUGAAAAACACAAAUGCAGUUAAGUUGGUCUGAGAAUUUACAUUUGAUGAUAAUUGACUAUUUUAAAAGAUAUUUGAUAUGUGUGGAUGUUUUGAUUAUGCAUUUAAUAUUUACAGUAAUCUCUAAUUGAUUUAUAUUAACUUUCUAUAACAUUUAUUUGAUAAAUUCAGUUUCAAAUUUCUAUGAGUAAAUAGGAUAUUAGUUAAAAUUUGGGGUAUAUUAUAAAUUCAAGUUUUUAAAAUAUUUAUUAAAAGAGUAAAACUAUUGGGGCACCUGGGUGGCUCCGUCGGUUAGGCGUCCAACUCUUGAUUUUGGCUCAGGUCAUGAUCUCACGGUUGUGAGAUCGGGCCCCACUUCAGACUCUAUGUUCGGUUCCGUGUCCAACUCAGCGCUGGACGUGGAACCUGCAUAAUAUUCCCCCUGCCUCUCCCCUACCCCUCCCUUCCCCUGCUCACUCUCUUUCUCUCUCAAAAUAUUAAAAACAAAACAAAAAAAAAUAAUAAAACUAUUUUUUGAAAAAGUCUGAGGCAUGACUACCAGUAUUUCAAUUGUAUUAGAAUUCUGGUUUUGAGGUCUAUGAAAUUAAUGUGUGACUAGGAACAAUAAUACUUUGGUACUCGAGCUGUUUCAUAGGAUUCAUAAUAUAGAUGUUUUUGUCUAAAGAGUGAGCUUAUAUAAAUAGAAUAAUUGUGGUUUUUUUAUUAUAUUUAAACCUGUUACAUUGAAAGUAUUUUAAAAAUUUUCUUAAACCCACUUCUAAAACAGAAAAUAAGAUAUAUAUUAUGUACUCUCUAUUGCAUUAACCACUUCUAACUCCUCAAAAAGACAUUAGAAGGCCUAAAUUCUAUUUUAUUAAAAAGAUUUAAUUAACACUGCAGAAGAGAAUAUAUGUGACUCACUGAUAGUGAGAAGUAUUUUUUUAAAUCCUUGGUUAUAUGUGUAACUCAAAUUUUUUUAGGUGGGAGAAUUUUUCAUUAGCAUAUAUGUAGUAAAAUUCACUUAAAAAUGUCAGUUGAAAUCCUACUAUAAUUCUCUUUGUUUUAAAAUAGAAGCUUCUUAAUAGAAGCCUAUCUUCUGUGCUUUAACUACUUUGAAAGAAAAGAUACCAUUGAGUUUAAGUUAUACACAGAUAAACAAUUAUUUCCUUCUUCUGUAUUUUAAAUGAAUGCGGAAAAAUGGUAUUUUAUGUACAAACUGAAAAAAUAUAACUCUUUAGCACAUGAACAUAAUAGAGGAGGAACCAAAUUUGUGUCUAAAAUCUAAAUUGAAUUGAUUCAAAUAUAAUUCUAUUACUCUU